AUGCCUAUUGUGUCACUCUCCCACAGCCAACGAACACCUUUGCGCGUGUCGCAACGUACAGCUACAGCGCUGCUAAACCCACAGGAGCGAUCGCACAGCUGUAUGUGGCCCGGGUGUACAGCCAGCUUUGACACAGCCGAACUGAUGAAGGAUCACGUGCUGCACACGCACUUCUCCGAUGAAGACUUCAGCAAAUACACCUGUGACGUGGGAGGAUGUGAGAGGACAUACGUCACCAAACAUGCCUUUGAAGAUCACAGGAAGACCCACUCACAAGACGAGCUGGACGGGUCUUCUGAGUACAAGUGCGAGUUUGCCGGUUGCGGGAAAACCUAUAGGCUGAAGAGUAUGCUGGACAGACACAUAGGCAAAAUCCAUAGCGUGACGUAUGUCUGUGACCAUCCUGGCUGUGGGGAGAAACUCACGUCGAAGAAAGCACUCAGAAGCCACCGGGUAGUGCACAAAGACGUCAAAUCUCCGAAUAUAGCGUGUCCCGUCUCCGGGUGCCAGGAGAGUUUCAGCUCGCGUAUGAGACUAAAAGCACAUAUAGAGCUGUCACACCCGUCUGUCAUACGGGACCAAGACUCUCGCACGCCUCACAGUCGGGACAAAGAAAUGGCAUCGCCCGAUGACCAGAAACAGGUCUAUGCGUGCGACUAUCCCGGCUGUAAUAGGGUCUAUAUGAGUGCCUGGGCCCUGAAAGAGCACAGGGAGAGGCACCGGAGUUCUCCAUACGACUGUGGCCUGUGCACCCAAUCGUUUGCGUUUAGAAAAGAUCUGUUGGUCCACCGGCGCACUCAUAGUGCGGAUGGGGUGAAGCCCAUAUACAAAUGCGAUCACCCCGGCUGUGACCGAAGUUAUGUGGUGCCCGGGCGUCUGGCACGGCAUAAGGCUACCCACAAGUCUGCGACAUACAAGUGUGACUACCCGUCCUGCAUACAGACCUUUGGGCUCAAAGGAGACCUGGCACGCCACAGACAGACGCACAACCCGAACCGGUCGGAGUCUGUGUUCUGCGACCAUCCCGGGUGUAGCAAAAGCUAUAGGAGUGCGCAUGCGCUGGCCAUGCACAAGGAGAAACACCUGACCGCCACACUCGCCUGUCCCUACCCAUCCUGCACCUAUACGUUUGUGUAUAAACAAGACUUAGCACGUCACGUACGGACGCACGGGGCCGUCUACCCGUGCGAUAUCCCCAGCUGCAGGCAUAUUGCCACGACACAGGAAGCUCUCAAUGCACAUAAGGCCACACACAGUACUGAGUCACGCCCCGAGUCGCAGGCCUGUGACUAAAACGGGUACAACUAGACGGGUUGAGGCUGAUACAUAGAUGCAAUACGAGCAUUGGCAUGGUCCUCGCUCUCGCUAAUUACUACUGUAAUUGAUGCGAAGUAUACGUACACCUUAGUGCUCAUGCGCAUGUUAGGUUAUAUCGUUCACGCAACGGCACAGGUAGAAGCGCACUAUACGAAGGUUCUCUCCUGCGACUGGCCUGGGUGUGGCCAGACGCUCGCCUUGUCGGGGACAGUUACGCCAACACGAAAACACAUAGACUCAGUAAGGUCGGCUGGUUCCGAGAUCAUCACACAGUAAGGUUGGCUGGUUCCGAGAUCAUCAUACAGUAAGGUUGGCUAGUUCCGAGAUCAUCACAGUAAGGUUGGUUGGUUCCGAGAUCAUUACGCUGUGAUACACGUAUUUAAUCGUCACAUCCAUCUGAGACAGGCUUGUUAGUCUGUGCCUAUGCCGAGUGCCAGCAGACGAUUAUGAGAAAGGCUGGCGUCACAAGACUUACUGUGACUUACCCUCAUGUUGCCAAGACAACAGCAGUGUGCUUUUCUGGACUGUCGCAGGGCUUUCGCGCAGCAAGAUUACUUGCUCCGACACAAAUACCGAGUUCAUGGCCAAAUAUAAUACAACUACAUUGUAGUCCGAUAAAUAAGUUUGUAAUGUUUUAGACGAUAUUAAAGAAAGCAAACAAAGAGAACGUAUGAUUACGUAUUAUAAAGCCGUG